UGUCACCCUCACAUCUCCAUGCUUGUCGACUGUUAAAAGACCACAUGCUCAAGCUCGAACGACCUUACAAGGACGAUGCGGGAAACCGUAUUCCAGUGCUUUUGGACAUCGGGAACGAUGGGACCCACGUCUUUGAGCCUGAAGUCGAUCCUGAAACCUCACUCGCCGCACGCCUGCGUCGCGUCUUCGCCGAACGCGGUAUUGACUUCUUCGAUCGAAAUAACCAUGGACUCCAUGGGCUAUCUGAAACUCAAGCGGAGAAGGAGGAGGCAAUUGAAGAGGAGGAGGCGGACGUGAAGGAGACAAAACCGGGGCCUAUGACGGCUGACGAGCUGCACAAGAUGCGUAUGGAAGUCCUCCCUCAGCUCUAUACCUCACUUGGAGAAAUGUCCCAGGCAAGGGAUUUGUUGAAUAUGUUGCUGUCCUCCGUACCCCCUUCAACGACCUCCUUGGCCGCUCUAACGGGAGUACUGCCGACCCUGCCCUCUGCAGUAUCAACACCAUCUGUUCUGUCCUCAGCGACUGUGUCAAAACCGGUUCCGAUUAUCUCCAUUCAAGCUUUCGAUGCGCAGUUGACAAUAGGUGGAAAGGAUGAGGCAUUACGCAAGGCGGCUGGCGUGUUCAAAACAGCUUCGGAGAGUUUGGAACGGGCGCGCGUACGGUCUGAAAACUAUUGGGUUGAUGCACUCAAAGUGCGGCGUGCAAACUGGGGAUUGAUUCCAGCCCCUCUGCCGUUUGGUGCUCCAACCGGCAAGGGUGCAGACAAGGCCUCGAAAGAUUUCCUGAUAUCUUUUGGACUGGAAGAAUCUCCUCCGCACUUUCGCAGGCGCGCCACUGGACGGAUGCCCACAUACGAACAAGAAUCCGAGACCCUGGUUUUCCCGUUCCGUCAGAAGACGCGCCUCAUCAUCACUAUCCUUGGUCCGGAUAAACAAAUUGUGUCUCAGAACACGCUGCCACGCACUGACGAUACCUCUCUUGAUGGCACACUUCGUUUGGCGCAAAGCGAGAUGGUUGAGCACGAAAUAUUUUCAAUUCUGGUACGAGAAGCAGGACAGCUCCCGACAGCGUCAGCGCGGGUGUCUGAGCGCCUCAUUGUCAUCGAAGCCGUACAGGGGGUCGAGCUGAAGUUCGAACUUGUGGACGCGGACGUGUUGUCUGAUUCUUUCCAGAGUCAUGCAAAGUGCGACCUUAUCUACCAUGUGCUUCACGCGCUACUUCUACAGAUUCACCAGCACAACAAGAAACUUAGACUGGGGACCGCUGGUAUCUUCCGAGUGACCGGCGGGCCUGACCCUCCACCGCCGCUGCUAUUGCAACCGAUCAUCGAUCUGCUGCAGUACCAAGUUUUCUGCGACCGUGUCAAAUCAGAGACAUGCGCAGCAAGAGACUUGCUAGCGAGUACUGGGAUCUCGUCUGUAUUACGCUUCGAAGCGGUGGGACAAGCUGGGGAUGCUCUAGUCCGACUGUGGGACGCGUCUGAAAUAGACAGUCGGACGAUUGGCGGACAAGCAAUGUUGCGCAUUGAUGAUAGGCACACAUACCAUCCGCCUCUCAUUCCGAGCACCGUCAUCGCUCACCGUGCAUCUCUCUCAAGCAACUUUGACGAUCGCUUCAAUAACACAAUUGCGACAGUUGCUUAGCGACGAAUUGGAGCGGUAUCUUCUACGGCGAGUCUGUGAACUGGGGAGCGAGCUUUGUGAGCCAGUGGGCGGAGUUUGGUUCAUCGAUCUCAAUCGGUGUGUUGGGCGCUGGGAUGGCUGCACGCUAAACUUUCGAGUGAAGGUCCAGCAUAACGGCAUCAGCUGUGUGGCUCACCAAGUGGAUAAAAACGGCCUGAAAGACUUGCAGUAUGGGAAGGAGCAGUCGCUGGUAGCUUGGAUAGAAACUACGAUGAUAGCAGCGUUAAA